UACUUACUCUCUCUAUCAUGUUGCAUAGUCAGCCAGACAAACUAGAUUUAGUUGAUAAAUAAAUACUUCUCUUAAUGAAACACCAACUAAAUUUAGUUCCAGUUUUAGACAAUUUGUUCUCCAAGACUUGAUACUACUGUCCUUGCCUUAUUGACCAAGGGGGACAAUGGUUUCAAACUGGGAGCCCAGGCAUGGCCAGGUGGCCCACACCUUUGGAGUGCAACUGUAGACCGUCUGUCUGUCUCCACUGCAUGCUGGAGGUAGCCCGGUGUGAAAACCUUCUUAGAGAGGCAUGGGGAAUCACUACUACUGUCAGCCAGAGGUACUCUUAGGGAAGUUCUGGACAGUGGCUUCUGUGGCCUGGAGUCACCCUGAUGCCUUAGCUUAAACCCCGACAACUGCCUGCCCUCUGUUGGGGACAGUAGUGACUGGGAUUAAGAGGUAUGGUCCCAUGUCAUUGAUUUGUUAGUAGCUGCACUGGAUGUCUAGUUUGAUUGAGAUCCGUCUCUGCCACAUCUAAGAACUAAAGCUCCUUUCUCCCUGUGUUAUCCAAGAGGAUGCCACGUAGGUAGGCAACGUGGCUGUGUUUGUCAAUUCACGUUAGGUGUGUAUUGUAAUAUGAAACCUGCUUGUUCUCCUGCCCCUGUUAAGGGUGACUCAUAGAUGAGAAUAAAACAUCUUCACCCGACUGUGAAUAUUGCCAGACUUUGAACCAACUUUACGUAACAUAAGGAUGCCCCCACAAUUAUGUCAUCGAAGCCAACUUAAAUUCAAUAAGAGGCAUGUAGUUUCUGUGAGCUUGAGUUCUCUUCAGACCUGAGAAUUUAGAACUUAGAGGAGAUAGCACCUCGUCUAAUCCUGUCUGCGGGGUCCUUGCGUUUGCAUUUGCUGAGCACUUACUGUGAUAUCGCUGGAAGGGAGGUGAAGGGUCAAAGCAGACUCCCUUUAUUGAUGCCAGCUUUCUCAUUUGUGAGCUGGAUGUGUGUGGGGAACAACGCUGGUGUGUAGAAGGCAAAUCCUUUCUGCCUGAGACCAAGACUUGGCUCCAGAAAGGCUAAAAAUGCACAGGCCAGGAGAGACCAAGCGGCUGUGUGGCUUAGCUAGCAGAACUCCGCCACAAAUCCAAAUGGACCAAGUCUCGAGGCCAUGCUGUUUCCAGGGCAUCACCGCCACCUUCAGCAUUCAGGGCUGUAGGUUGAGAUGUGGGUGAUUGCUGAAUUGUCCCAUCAGAACUAAAUAGGCUUCCUCUUUUGACAGCCGUCUGGGGUGGGUGGGCACAACAGUUCCUUCCUGGCUCUUUAGCCUUGGUCUUUGGCCACUUUUUGAAUCGGUAGAAUGCAGUGGCUGCACACAUUCCCAUUUUGGAGUUCCUAUGACACUGGGAGGGUCCCCCUGUACUUGGUGCGUCAGCCCUGUGAGGUCCCCUUUACUUUGUCUUUGAACAGUUCCCGAUCCCAGGUGUUGGGGCCGCUUGGUGACUGUGCCUGUGCAUUUGACUGCAGGAGAUCAUGAACCCCACAAGCUCGCGGGUCUUUGAAUUGUUCUCCCAUGUGCUUGCCAUUCAUUCUCGCUUUUACAGGCAAGAGGGCAGAGCCUGGAGAAGAAGCAGCAUGCCUUCCCCUUGCACCUUACGUCAUAAGUGUCGCCUACUGCAUUUCAGCGGAGUCCAGCUUUUCCGCAGCUUGGGAAAAAUACAUUGACUGAAUGACCAUUGUUUUCAUGAAACUGCAGCAGGAGCAGUGACGGUUGUUAUUAAGAGUUACGUAGAGUUGUGUUCUUUAAGUCUUCAGUUUUGAAUCAGAUUAGCUCUCUGUUAACUUAAAACAGCCCCCCCCCAAAAAAAAAGAAAGAAAGAAGGGGAAAAGGAGCUGCUGGAAAUGAGAGAAAUAUUAGCAGUAUGAAGCAUGUUAACGAGUGGCCAUUAGCACUUUCUGCCUGCAGGAAUAGCAUCCUUAAGUGUUUUAUUGGUAAGGGAAUAGAGUCAAGUCCCACCAAAUGGUAUUCCUUUCCAAACUGGCAACUUCUUUCAAUUUCCUUGUUAUUGCCUACAAAGGAGCAUUUAUUUACCUGUCACAGUGCAUGCCAAGGUGGGGAAGGGCACUGUCGUCUCUCUGGCUGCAUCCGGCCCUCGGGUAGAUCUGGUCCCUUCACCUGGUCCUUUUCUCAGUCCUCCAACCCUUCCAGGGGCUCUGAAGACACCAGCAGCAGCGGCAUCUCAGGGCUUUGAUCUGGCCAGCGUCUUCUGUGUGGCAUUGGGUCUGAGCAUGGUUCUCAGUGUGACUGGGUGGUCGGUGGCGACAAGGGCAGCCAUGGGACACAGGAUGGCCAUCAAGUGGUGCUGAAGUCAAACCUUUCCUAAGUUUCUAGCUGACUUUUCUCUUUCUAAGGGCUCCUCAUAAACCAUAAGAGACAGAGUCACACUUGACCGUUGUUACCACCCACCUCCCGUUUUUUUUCCUUUCCUCCAGCCAGAUGAACCCCUUCAUUUAUAUUAUAAUGCAAAAUGCUCUUCCCUCUAGGCCUCAGGGCCUGUGGGGAAAAUGGAAUUUGGCUCCAGACCAAGCUCCAAAGCCAAAUGCCCCAGGUUGGGCCGCCUGACAGUUUUAUAGAACAGCCUCCUGGCAGUUCGGAAUGGCGAAGGGUCCCUCAUUCAUUUUUCAACAAAUAUUUUGAACACCUGCCAUGUAGAGGGAACUGUUCCUGGAGUUAGGCAUACAGCAGUGGUCAAAGCCUAAAAGAAAUUCUUGCUCUUUGGGGGCACUCUUAUUCUAGGUGGGAAAGACAUAUGCUAUGUAAAUAAACACAUGCAUUGUUUACUACGUCAGUGACUUGAAGAAAAAUAAGGCGAGGAAGAGAAAGAGAGGUGUGUGUGGUAGAUAGACUGCUGAUUGGACGGCUAGGGAAGGCCCAACGUGUGAGGAAACCAGUGUGUGGAUCUGAGGAAGAAGCUUCCAGACAGAAUAAUGGCAGACAAGCCCUCUGUGUAGAGUUAACCUGGCUGCUGGGCUCUUUUGAGGAGGUUUAAGGGACAGCAGAGGUUAAUGGGAGCUGAGGCCAGGGAGGUGGAGAGCAGCUUUUUGUGGGUAGUGGUUUUGACUGAAGGGAGGUGGAAAUCACUAGAGGACAGUGAUGUCACGUGACACUUAGGCUGUAGAGCAGUCAAGCACAAUCUAGGCAAGGUGAUGAUGGGUGCUUAGGCCAACCAAGUGGGAAGGUGAGAAGGGGUUGGAUUCUGGACAGAUUUAUCUUGAGAAUAAAACGAACAGGAUUUGUUAAGAGGUUGGGUUAGAGGUAUGAGGGGAAGGACAGUCCAAGUGGAGUGUGAGAUGUUUGCAAGAGUAGAAUUCGACUUUCUUAGCAUGGCAAGGAAGACCACAGGAGGCAGGGGUGUGUGGACAUGUCUAGGACCCACCCUCCUCAGUGCAGGCCUACACUCAUGCCUCUUUUCAGGGAGGGCUGUGGGAGACAGCAAGUGACCUUCAGAUGGAGCUGUUGGGAGACCUCCUCUUGUCCACUGCUUGUAGCUCAGAUGAUUUCAGCCAAAUCCUAACAGCAGUUCUUCAGGAAAGGCAGGCUGCCACUGUGCCUUGCCUCCAAAGCCUUCCUGGUGGCAUCUUUGCACUGUGCCCAGGUCUGAUGGUCAGUGCGGGACUGAGAUUUCUUGAGGAAACCUCCUGACCUCCUUCCACAGAUCCUCCUCUCUUCCUGGUUCCUAAAAAGACGUGGCUGGCAGACUGAUUUCCCUUGAAGGAGAGUGAGAGCCCUCUCAUGGAAAAGUAAAAUAAUUCUUGGAAUCCUCACAACACCCAAGCCAGCCAAAGCUGAGAUCAAGGAAAUUAUGUGGGGGUAAUUUGCAAGGACCAGAGUCAAACAAAUUGCCUCUUUGUUCUGACCUCAGCUCAGCUCUUCAGACAAGAUGACCAUGAUCUGGCAAAUUCAGUGAGAAACGGAGGGUCCUUGUUUCUCUGCAGGCCACCUUUUCUUUUGAGGUAGUCUCUGUGUUUGAAGGCUGGCAGGGAAAGCAAGCUCCUUUCAGGGGAGGACUUUUCUUCUUUGUCUCAAGAAAGACUUGAAAAGCAGCGGUUCAACUUCUGCAUCCUUCAUUCCAGCCUUGGUUUUUUGUCUGUCUGCUCUUCGGAGCUAGGUUGUCAAAACGCAGGGCAAAUUCUUUGACUCGGAGGUGACCCAAAGGAGGGCCUGUAGAAGGGUCCAGGCUGUGAUUCACCAGGUCUAGCCUUGUUGCCAGGAGCCAGGCAAGGAGUUCUGUGGGCCUCAGUCUUUCCCAGGGUCCUGCUUAGGCAAAUACCUAACUGUUUGGGUGCACAUGCCUUCCUGCCAUGUUCAUCCUCAUAAAUGUGCUUUGAGACCAGUUUUCUGUGGUGGCUGAGGUAAAUUUUCAUUUCUUGUUCACCAGUCACCUCCUGUCCCUAUAGGAGGGAAGUGAAGCGCUCUGCCCCAGGGUGCUGUUCCCUGGUCCAACAGUCUCAGGCCUUCAGAAACGCCUGUCCCAGAGCUGGCACGCUCCUGUGUGAUGCCCGGUCCUGAUUGCGCUUCUGGGCCUGCUCUUGCUCCCGAAGGGAUCCUGGCCUGGCCUGAAAGCCUGUGCACUCAGGAGUCCUUUCUAGACCUUCUUUUCCAUCCAGCUUUUGCAUUUGGAACCAAGUGUGAAUGAGUCUGAGUUUUCUUUUCUUUUCUUUGGUCUAAUUUGUUCUUAUUUAAGGUAGGCAGACAAACCCUCGCUCGCUUGCUCGCUCGCUCGCUCACUCGGGUUAUCAGUGUUCUAGGCUGGUUCUUCGAGACUUUGUAGCUGUUACUCAGCUGUUUGUGUUUGUGGAUAAGGACGACGAGGACGAGCUCUAGGACAGGAGAGAACUCCAGUCUUACCGUGACUUUUUUGAAGGGGGGAUCGCACUGCCUUGCCAAGUUAGGGUGCAUCAGUAACUGCUUGGCAACCAGUCCUGAAGACUGUAUGAUUUUAGAGCUUUAUAGAAAGCUGUGCAUGUGCCGUGUCUUCUGUGAAAUUUUGUUGUGUUUGCUCUAGCAACUGUAGUGAUAACCCAUAGUUCAGGCCCCAUGAUAAGCUGUCCUUUGUCUCGGGAGCAUUGGAUUAGCAUGGAAGCUAAUCCUGACUGGGGUACAGCUUCAACAGCUUGAUUUUUGCCCCCUCCCCAUUUUCUGUCUGGUGCUAUUUGGACGACGGUUUCCACAUUUCUGCCAUAUGUCUUUGAAGAGCUCAGGACUCAGAGGCAGCGGUAGAGUCAGGACGGUGAGCUAGUUCAGGUGGGGAGGAGGCCGGGCGUGACCGAGUGCAUGGCGUAGACAGUGAGCUGUUGCAACAGCUGCAUUUGGAAGCGGUUCUUGCCCUCUUUUUUGAAGGACUGCAAACUAUUUGGAAAUGCAGAAGUAUUCAGCCAGGUUUUUAACUCUGCUGGCUCGUGCAGAAAGCAGCUUCAUGUUAGCAAGAGCAAACACCUUAGAGAUAAACUUCUGCACUGGAGGGGCCUGUCCUCCCCUCGAUCUGCACACGGAGCUCUAAUCCCCACGCCUGGGAUGAGUGCAGAGUAUGCCCCGCAGGGUAUUUGUAAAGAUGAGCCCAGCAGCUACACAUGUACAACUUGCAAACAGCCAUUCACCAGUGCAUGGUUUCUCUUGCAACACGCACAGAACACUCAUGGAUUAAGGAUCUACUUAGAAAGCGAACAUGGAAGUCCCCUGACCCCGCGGGUUGGUAUCCCUUCGGGACUAGGUGCAGAAUGUCCUUCCCAGCCACCUCUCCAUGGGAUUCAUAUUGCAGACAAUAACCCCUUUAACCUGCUAAGAAUACCAGGAUCAGUAUCGAGAGAGGCUUCCGGCCUGACAGAAGGGCGCUUUCCACCCACUCCCCCCCUGUUUAGCCCACCACCGAGACAUCACUUGGACCCCCACCGCAUAGAGCGCCUGGGGGCGGAAGAGAUGGCCCUGGCCACCCAUCACCCGAGUGCCUUUGACAGGGUGCUGCGGUUGAAUCCAAUGGCUAUGGAGCCUCCCGCCAUGGAUUUCUCUAGGAGACUUAGAGAGCUGGCAGGGAACACGUCUAGCCCACCGCUGUCCCCAGGCCGGCCCAGCCCUAUGCAAAGGUUACUGCAACCAUUCCAGCCAGGUAGCAAGCCACCCUUCCUGGCGACGCCCCCCCUCCCUCCUCUGCAAUCUGCCCCUCCUCCCUCCCAGCCCCCGGUCAAGUCCAAGUCAUGUGAGUUCUGCGGCAAGACGUUCAAAUUUCAGAGCAACCUGGUAGUGCACCGGCGCAGCCACACUGGUGAGAAGCCCUACAAGUGCAACCUGUGCGACCACGCGUGCACACAGGCCAGCAAGCUCAAGCGCCACAUGAAGACACACAUGCACAAGUCGUCCCCCAUGACAGUCAAGUCCGACGACGGCCUUUCCACCGCCAGCUCCCCGGAACCUGGCACCAGCGACCUGGUGGGCAGCGCCAGCAGUGCGCUCAAGUCAGUGGUGGCCAAGUUCAAGAGCGAGAACGACCCCAACCUGAUCCCAGAGAACGGGGAUGAGGAGGAAGAGGAGGACGAGGAGGAAGAGGAAGAAGAGGAGGAAGAGGAGGAGGAGGAGCUGACGGAGAGCGAGAGGGUGGACUACGGCUUUGGGCUGAGCCUGGAGGCUGCGCGCCACCAUGAGAACAGCUCUCGGGGCGCAGUGGUGGGCGUGGGCGACGAGGGUCGCGCCCUGCCCGACGUCAUGCAGGGCAUGGUGCUCAGCUCCAUGCAGCACUUCAGCGAGGCCUUCCACCAGGUCCUGGGAGAGAAGCAUAAGCGUGGCCACCUGGCCGAGGCCGAGGGCCACAGGGACACUUGCGAUGAAGACUCGGUGGCCGGCGAGUCUGACCGCAUAGACGAUGGCACUGUUAACGGCCGCGGCUGCUCCCCCGGCGAAUCGGCUUCGGGGGGUCUGUCCAAAAAGCUGCUGCUGGGUAGCCCCAGCUCGCUGAGCCCCUUCUCCAAGCGCAUCAAGCUGGAGAAGGAGUUUGACCUGCCCCCAGCCGCGAUGCCCAACACUGAGAACGUGUACUCCCAGUGGCUCGCUGGCUAUGCGGCCUCCAGGCAGCUCAAAGAUCCCUUCCUUAGCUUCGGAGACUCCAGACAAUGGCCUUUUGCCUCCUCGUCAGAGCACUCCUCGGAGAACGGGAGCUUGCGCUUCUCCACACCGCCCGGGGAGCUGGACGGAGGGAUCUCGGGGCGCAGCGGCACGGGAAGUGGAGGGAGCACGCCCCAUAUUAGUGGUCCGGGCCCGGGCAGGCCCAGCUCAAAAGAGGGCAGACGCAGCGACACUUGUUCUUCACACACCCCCAUUCGGCGUAGUACCCAGAGAGCUCAAGAUGUGUGGCAGUUUUCGGAUGGAAGCUCAAGAGCCCUUAAGUUCUGAGAAACUUUGAAACCCCCAGGGGCGGGGUGGACAUGUGUCGCCCAGCCGAUGUCAGCGUGGCCCGUCAUCCUGCUAGUUUGUGAUGUCCUCUGACAGUAACCCUCCAAGAAGCCGUUGUGCGAAGACAAGAGUCCCGCCGAGUCCCUCCAGCCCGGGCCUGCAGUGCCAUUUUAUUUAUAUUUUUUAAUAAAAAGUGAAAACAAAAAAACAGACCCCCAUUGGAACAGUGAACCCGUCCCAUUUAGAGGGCCCUCCGACUGUCGCUGUCCGAGCGAUGGCCGACCCUUUUCAAACCAGCCAACCUACUACCCGUAUUGUGGAAAUGAGCAUGAGCCCCGAACCCCCUGUUUCUAUACAUUCUAUGUUGUCUUUUAAAAGGUGUGCUUAACAUUGACAUAAUAAAUGUUGGAGCUUUA